CCGGAAAUCCCAGUUGGAUUUCCCAGCGGGAGCGGGGCUGUGGGGCCGGGAGAGAUGCGGGGCAAGGACGAUGAGUACGAUUAUCUCUUCAAAGUCGUGCUCAUCGGGGACUCAGGGGUGGGCAAGAGCAACCUGCUCUCACGCUUCACCCGCAACGAGUUCAACCUGGAGAGCAAGAGCACCAUCGGCGUGGAGUUUGCCACCAGGAGCAUCCAGGUGGACAACAAGACGGUGAAGGCUCAGAUCUGGGACACAGCCGGGCAGGAGCGCUACCGGGCCAUCACCUCAGCCUACUACCGAGGGGCAGUGGGAGCUCUGCUGGUCUAUGACAUCGCCAAGUACCUGACAUAUGAGAACGCAGAGCGCUGGCUGAAGGAGCUGCAGGACCACGCUGAUGCCAACAUUGUCAUCAUGCUGGUGGGCAACAAGAGUGACCUGCGGCACCUGCGGGCAGUGCCCACCGACGAGGCCAGGAGCUUUGCAGAGAAGAAUGGGCUGUCCUUCCUUGAGACUUCUGCCCUGGAUUCCACCAACGUGGAGACAGCUUUCCACAACAUCCUCUCGGAGAUCUACCGCAUCGUGUCCCAGAGGCAGAUCACGGGCCAGGCGGAGUCGGAGUUUGGCCCCUCCAGCACCAUCGAGCCCAUCCAGGUGCUGCCCACGCAGCAGGAGGGCCGGCAGGCGCCCUGCUGCCAGAACAUCUGAGUCCCUGGGGUGCCCCCACCGUGACCCCCCGGCAGCCAGCCCAUGGUGGCAUCGUGUGUCUCCCUCAGCCUGCACCUCUGCCCACCAGCUCUCCGAGCAGUGCAGCGAGCUCUGGCUGCUUUUGUGUGCACCAGCAUCCUGCCCAAGUGCUGCUCUGCCUGUCUUCAUGUAGCACAACAAAACCGGGGGGAGGCAAAGCAAAGCAUCAGGGUGUCUCCCCUCUGCCCCCGAGGCUGGGGGCAUGCCACCCCCUCUGUCCCUGCUCCCUUUGGCCCUGCAGGCACAGUUCUGGGUGACUGGGUGGCUCUGAACAAGCCCAGCGUGGUGAGUCCCUGCUGGGUGACGCCCUGAGUGCAGCCCCGUGGCGUGGGUGUGGAGGGGGACACUGGGUGCAUCCUUCUCCCACCUGGUGGUGCCCAGCCCUGUCCCUGCAGCACCUCUGGGUGCUGCUGGGGCCAUCCAGGGAGGGGUGUGGGGGUGACACUGGUUUUGUGUUGUGACCCCCUCCCUGUGGCAUGACCCCAGCAAAGGGCAAAGCUGUGACUCUGCCGUGGAAAAAGAUGGGAGCAGGGAUUUGAGGUCUUGGCCUUUGGGAAGCCCUGAGGAGGGGACAAGGGGGCAGCAGGGAUUUGGGGGCUGAGGGCAGGGAUGAGGUGCUGAGGGUAGACACAUGGUCCCUCUGCACAGCUCCCUGUGUGGGAGCCAGUGGCAGCACUGGGGACCCCCUCGAGGUCCCCCUGGCAUAGCUCAGCCCUUCCCUGCUCGAGUGUUGGCCACUGUGGCUGGUGGCUGGUGGCCCAGCCUGGGACAUGCCACCACUGGCUGGAGCGCCUGCAGCAGCAGCAGGGUGACAGUGGCCUUGUCCCCACCCCGCAAGGUGGGCAUCACCCAGGGUAGGGACAGACUGUGCUGAGCCCCGAGCUGCUGUUGGGGUGAUUGGCAGCUGUCAGUCAAGUGGGAAGGCCGGAAUUGACCCAGAACUGGGAAUGUGGCCCCUGUCGUGUGGGGUUUUGGGGGAUCUCUCUCUCCACAUCUCCCCCAGUCUCUGCAUCUCACUUGGUUGUGCCAGUAGGGUCUGGGCCAUGGUUCCCCCUUGGGGCAUGAUUUGUUGAUGGAACAGAAAUUGAGGCAAAAUCCCCAAAUAAAGCUGCUGUUGAAGCCUUUCCUCUCUCUGCCAGAUCUCUCCUUGAGGCAAGAGCAGUGCCAGCCCCUCAUGGGGCAGCUGGGAAGCAUCCACAGGCAAUGAAGGGUGAGGAGGAGGAGGAGGAGGGCUGUAACCUGGGCAAGGGGAU